AUGGAAAAGGAAUCUCCUAAACCAUCAAUGACCUCGGAAACAGCACCGAGAAAGUAUACCACACGCCAUGAGAAAUUACAUACUCGCCGAGAAAGUAAUUAUCCAAAUUAUCAUUCACCACCUUUGAGUUCGAUUUCUCAAUUGAGCAUACCGCCAGUCAUACUACCUGCGAUCGAUACAACUCUUCAAGUCGAGAUGCCAAGAAUACAGCAAGGGAUCAUGGAGGAUAGAGGUGGUGCUGGUCAUUCUAUGAUUGGAAAUACACCAUUUUCGACUGCAGAUAUCGAUUUUGAGUUAAUAUGGCCGGAUUCAGAGGAUUUAUUUGAAACUUUGAUGUCUUCCGAUCCAACGAACUCAUGGCAAAUACCAAUUGGAACAUUACCGAUACCCAUCACAACUCGGUCACAUAUAAAUAAUGGAUGUUUUGGUAUACCGGGCCCAUCCCACGAGAAGGGAUCGAUUGGCUCUAUUCCGUCAUCAACCGUUACGGCUGCUGUUGAAGCUACAUCUCUCACCUCGGUUUUCUUAGAUGAAUGUUUACAUAUGUUCUUUGUAAGAUUCAUACCAACAUUUACAGUAUUACAUCGAUCAACUUUUGUCUUUCGAGAAUGUACUCAACCAUUACUUCUCAAUGCCAUGGCUAUCGGUUCUUUAUAUCUUGGACCUAAGGAUUCAGUCACAAAAGGUGAAGCUCUAUGGCGACUCGCACACAUAGCAGUUGCAUCAACUUGGGAAACGUUGAUCACUCAUCAAGGUCCUCACGAUAGUUGCCAGGAAAAUCGAGUUAUUCGUACAACAAGUCAAGCAUUUCAUGCCCUUGGAUUCUUUUGGGCUAGACAAUGCGCAAUAUCCGAUAGUGAACCAUACUCAAUCAAUAAUCUACCUAGUCAAAAUGCAACGGACGAAGAAAAGGAUAGAGCUUGGAAAUUUUGGGCAGCCAAGGAAAUUCAACAACGUGCAUUAUUAGGUCAUUACGUCUUGGAUGGUCUGAUAUCUCGAAUGUCUGGGGAAACUCCUUCAGUACGACAUGCCGCCAAUCAAUUGGGUUUACCUAGUAGUGAAACUGAAUUUGAGGCUAUGACUGCUAAUGCAUGGCUUGAUCAUAUGAGAUCUCAAGAGCCUUCUCAGCACUCCUUUCGAAAAGGUCUUCAGUCAUUAGUCUCAGAUUGUGAUUCCGAUGACCUUGCUACAGUUGGUGUACCUACAAAGCCCGAAUUACGAAAAGCUUUAAGUCAUGUUUUUGAGGCCAUAUCUAUGAGUCCCAAUCUUUCACAUUCAGAACGACUUGAGCUUUUACUUCGGUGGCAUACCAUCUGUCUGGAUACUUGUAAAGAUUCAUCACUCCUUUGCAGAUCCAUCUGCUCUCGAUAUGGUAUCGUACAACAUGUUUGCGGUGGAAAGAACAUCAUGAAACCAGAACAAGAUUUGAUAAGUUGGGCCAAUACGGAAGAAGCACGAAAAGCCCUCUUACACGCGAUUGCAAUCCAAGAAAUUGUAGAGCAAUUACCUAGGGGUAGAGCACACGUCAUACAUAUCCCAAGUUCCUUAUUCGCAUCGGCAACGCUCUACUGUGUAUUCUCACUAGCGGGUCAUGGUGCAGUCAAUGUACCCAAUAUUGUGGAUUGGCAAGCUGUUUUGACAACGAAUGAAUCGGGAGAUGCUGAAUCAAUAGAUUCGGAUUGUACUGGUCAAUCGGAGACACAAUUAUAUUUACGAGGAGGAGGCGAAAGCUCGUCAUUUAGAGUCAUGGGGAUGGGGACAACGACAAAUCUUCUUUAUGAACUUAAUUCGAUGCAGAAGCUGUUUAAAUGCUUGUGUUCGCAGUGGGGUAUUGCUUUUGAUAUGGAGGAUGUUUUGGAUCAGUGGAAGACUCUUUGUCAUUGA